AGGCCGGGGGAGAGCCGGAGUGCAGGUGCGGAGCCGGCGAGAGGGGGAAGCGCGAGGCGGCAGGAGGGAGCGCGGCAGGAUGCGGUCGGCGCGGAGCUGCAGGCACUCGCCUUUGGCGGCCGCGGCGGGGAUUUUGCUGCUGUGCCUGGCGGGCCGAGCUAGAGCUCAGGAGGUCCAAGCCGAGAAUGUGACGGUAGCAGAAGGCGGACAGGCUGAGAUCAAUUGCAAACUGCACCAAUACGAUGGCUCCAUCGUGGUGAUCCAGAAUCCAUCUCGGCAGACGCUCUUCUUCAACGGCACACGAGCCUUGAAGGAUGAACGUUUCCAGUUGGUGGAGUUCACCCAAAAACAAGUCCGCAUUGUGCUCUCCAACGCCCGUCUGGAAGAUGAAGGUGGAUACUAUUGCCAGCUGUACACAGAAGACACUCAUCAUCAGAUUGCCAUCCUUACAGUCCUGGUUCCCCCGGACAGUCCUUUAGUGGAGGUGAAGGAACAGGCGGUAGAAGGAGGAGAAGUUGAACUCACCUGCAGUGUUCCCAGGUCACGCCCUGCGGCCACCCUGCGCUGGUACCGGGACCGGAAAGAGAUAAAAGGAACAAGCAGCAAGCAAGAAAAUGGGAAAGUAUUCAGCAUCAACAGCAUGGUGCGUUUCCGGGUGGAUCGCAAGGACCACAGCAGCAUUGUGACGUGCGAAGCCAUCCACCCGGCACUGCGUGGUCAGCGGAAGCAGACGCAGUACGUGCUAGAUGUACAGUAUUCACCCACAGCAAGAAUUCAUCCCCCUCAGGGAGUCAUGAGGGAAGGAGACACCUUAAUUUUGACUUGCGCUGUAAACGGCAACCCACUGCCCAGAGACAUUAAAUGGAGCCGAGCGAAUGACACGUUGCCCGAGCGAGCCCUGAUAGAGGGCGAAGUCCUGACCAUCCCCAGCCUCAGCAUGCUGGAUAACGGCACCUACUCGUGCCAAGUGGCCAAUAAACAUGGACGGUCCUCGGACCAGUACGUUCUGGUGGUUUAUGAUCCUGGGGCUAUUGUAGAGGCCCAGACUUCGGUGCCCUAUGCCAUUGUGGGGGGCAUCCUGGCUCUCCUCGUCUUUCUCGUCAUCUGCGUACUCAUCGUCAUGGUGUGGUGCUCCAUCCGGCAGAAAGGUUCCUACUUGACGCAUGAGGCCAGCGGUCUGGAUGAGCACGGAGAAGCCCGCGAGGCUUUUCUGAAUGGCGGAGAUGGUCAUAAACGCAAGGAGGAGUUUUUCAUCUAAGCCGGGGAAAGGAAGAGGAGGAGGAGGAGGAGGAGGAGAAGCGGGGGAAAGGGGUGUUGGGUGCUGUGUGGGGAGAAGCUGGCGAAGGAAGGAAGGGGUGCGUGCUGGAAAAGGGGAGAGAAGAUUGGAGAAAAGCCGGCUUGUGGGGGGUGGUGGGGAGGGCUGGCUUCAAAAACGGAAAAUACCCGAACGAAAAGAUGCUUUAAGGAAUACAAAAAAAAAAAAACCCCAUCGUGUACAAAACCGACCACCGGCAGCUGCCACUCUUUUCCCGGUUUGAUUUUUGAAACCGAGGACUUUUUAACCCCUCCCCUUAUCCAGGAAGCUCCACCCCCUCCCCCCUCUGCCUUCAGAUGCCUCUUUCCACCAAAACCUUUUCAUCCCCACCUGGUUAAUUUGGUAGGGCUGGGUAGGCAUGCUUAGCUCUGUCCCCCACCCCCUCGAAAAAAAAAAAAGCGGGAUGGGGGGCAGAGCUGCUGCAUAUUUUUUUUCCCCCUUUGGGGUGGAAUCAGUACUUUUGAGGGGUGGGGGGGAAAGGGGCUGUUUGUAUAUAAAGUCCAAACGGGAGGUGGAAGGCCCAUUGGAUGUUGAAGGUGAGGGACGUCCCAGUGCCCCCUCCCCCCCCAUUGCUUGUUAUAUCCGACCUUCCCAGGUAUUAGCACUGAGAUUCACAGUAUCUGGAGAGGGAGGGCAGGGCUAAUGGGGGUAGCUUUGGGGGCCACCCCGGUCUUCUGGAUGGAUGGAGAACCCUUGAUCUUGAGUUCCGGGUUCUGGAUGACCAUGUAGAUACCUUGUGUCUGCGUCCCUCGCCCUCCGCCAUCCCGCCAUUCAGGAGUGCCGUCGUGAUGGCCGUCUGGCCCGAGAGGCGUCUUGGGGAUGUCUUUGAGGGGGGAGGGGUGUCUCUUCAGGGUGGGGGGGAAAUCCUUUUCGGCUGCAUGCUUUUCCCGGUCAGGGCCGAGCUGCUCGAGGACUCUUGGGCUGUCAGAAGCAGGUUUUAUUUCUUCAAAGCCAUGAUAGUUUUGGGAAGGGCGAGGGAGGGCGAGGGAGGGAGGAAGAGGACGGGGGGGGUGUCUGUCUGUCUGUCUGUCUGUCUGUCUCAUCCUUGUUAUUGUGACAUUCUUGGCCGGACGGCAGGAAAUGGGACCCACAAAGGCCACCUGAGCAUCCAAUUCCCACACCAUGUUCACCCCUCGUCAUCCGUCCACCUGGACAGCAGCACAGCUUUCUCGGGCCAGCUUCUGCGGAAAGUGGAAGACUAAGUGGCUAUUUUUUUAUUGUUAUGUUUUUAAGUCCAGCCGGCUUAAAUAUAUUGGUGAAUGCAGAUUACUUGUCUCCAGCUCCUCCUCUUACCUCCCUCCCUUUUGUGUAGGUGGUGAUGACCAUCCUGCUCUCUGACCCAACACCCCAAGGUAGCUUAGAUCAGGGGUCUCCAACCUUGGCAACUUUAAGACUUGUGGACUUCCGACUCCCAGAAUUCUUUCAGCCAGCUUUCUUGGGAGUUGAAGUCCACAAGUCUUAAAAGUUGCCAAGGUUGGAGACCCCUGGCCUAGAUUACCCUCUCCUCUUCCUCUUCUUCUUUCCUUCUCUCUUCUCCCCCCUCCUCUUUCUCUUCCUCUGCUUUCCUUCUCCUCUUUUCCUCUCCACUCCUCGUCCUCUCCCCUUCUCCCUCUCCCUCCUCCUCCUCCUCCUCUUCUCCCCAGUCCAUCUCCUUCAGAAGAAGCUGAUUUUGGCUGCUCUGCAAAAUGAAACAAACAAACAAACAAACAAACAGAACCAGAAUGUUAGAGACUACUCAGCCCCAGGCUUGGAUCCUGUUUCAAUGAACUUCACCUUCUAAGAUGCAGCUGUGGUAGAAGAUGGGUUCAGGAGCCACUCUUAAAAAUAUCUGCUUUGCCCCACGGAGAAUUGCAACGGACUGCUGUGGAUUUUUUUAAAAAAAUAAUAAUAAUGCCUGGAAUAGCUGAAUUUUGGGGAACUUCCUUUCCUAUCUCACCCUUCCCAAGGCAGCUGCCGUUCCCCGGCCCCCUUCUUGUGCUUCGCCCCGGUCUACACCCCCCACCCCCGGGGCAUUUCCAACACAUUCUCUAAACGUCCUAACGCCUGGUGAUUCCCGAUGGUUCCUUCCAGGAUUUUUGCCGACUUUUCUCAUUUGUGCCAGUAAAUGCCCACCCUUCCCCUCUUCCCUGCCGUUCUCUCUGCAAAUCUCUCCCCCCACCCUCCCCACAUCCCUUCCCCCUUUGUCUCUUGUCUGGGGAGAAAACUUGCAAACAAAAAAAACAGAAGAAGAAAACUGACCAUGUGAUUCUGUGUCCGUCUCUGGCUCGCAGUUUUUUUAUUUUUUAUUGUUUGUGUCUUGGAAAGAAGGGGAGAUUAAAAAAAAAAAAGGAAAAAUAUAAUAAUUAAUAUAUAACUGGGGAUUGGGAUGUGUACAGAGGGGCUUAUUCCUCUGCAGCCCAAGACUGUUUCCCCCGUGCCCGAAAGUUAAUAUAUAUGUAAAUAUCUAUGUCUGCCUUUUAACCACCUUUGAUACUUCAAUAAAUCCCCCUGAUUAAUUCUUUUAA